AUGGCUCGAAAUGAAAAUAAAACACAAGCAGAAUCUGGCAGCGAGCGAGGAAAAUGGAAAUGGCAGGAAAAUUCAAAUCACAAACUCGGUAUUUAUUUGCGAAGCGUAAAUGAUUACCACUUAAAAUGUGCUCGACUGCCACCUAAAAACCAAUUGUUGGAAAAAGCACAACCAACCAACCAACCAAAACCGAGUGGGUGGUUCUGGGUGACUCGAAGGACACGGCAGCAGAAGGAGUAA